UUUUGUUUCACCAUAUGUCCACGUGGUGGGCACAGUUGGCGGGGGACAAAGUCAGAACAAGAAAAUCGCGCCGCAUAAAGGGCUCUCCAUCAAAAUCUGGAAGAGGAGUGAAGUAGUAACAAGUUGCAGAUGAUGGAACUCAUGAUCUGGCUGAUCCUGUUGAGCACGCUUGGAUCCUCUACAGCGUCACUCAACGCACACAAAGCUGGGGUCUUGGUUGCAUUGAAAAGGAGCCUCCUGGGACUGGGAAACACCUCAGACUGGACUGUGGAAAACUCCGAUCGAGCAUGCACCGACUGGAAGGGAGUGAUUUGCAACAGUGACGAUUCAGAGGUGGUGGAGCUUCAUCUGGCAGGAAAUGGAUUCACAGGUGAGAUCUCGUCGCCGGCACUCGGGCAGCUGACGAGUUUGCGAGUCUUGGACGUGAGCAAAAACCGGCUGGUCGGAUCUCUUCCUGCGGAGCUCGGGCUGCUGCAAAGCUUGCAAGCUUUGGACGUCUCAGGUAACAGACUGACUGGGAGCUUGCCUCGGGAUCUCGGCAACUGCAGCGCUCUUCGUUUUCUCAACGCCCAGCAAAACCAGCUUCAAGGUCCAAUACCGCCCCAGCUAGGAGCGCUCCAGAGGUUGGAGAUACUCGUCCUGGACAACAACCGCUUGUCAGGUUCUCUUCCUCCGUCCCUUGCGAACUGCUCGAAGCUCCAGGAGAUUUGGCUGACGAGCAAUGGUGUUGAAGGGGAGAUUCCUCAGGAAGUUGGGUUUAUGCAAGAGCUGCGAGUAUUCUUCGUGGAGAGAAACCGGCUGGAAGGGCUCAUUCCACCAGCUUUUGCAAACUGCUCGUCUCUCGAGCUCUUGGCGCUCGGGGAGAAUUCUCUGGGCGGGAGGAUACCAGAUGAGCUUGGACGGCUCGAAAACUUGGUGGCGCUCUCACUGUAUAGCUUGCAGUGGCUGGAGGGGCCAAUUCCUCCUGAGAUCGGCAACAACAGCAAGCUCGAGUGGUUUGAUAUCAAUGGAAACUCGCUCAUGCAUGGCUCGAUUCCAGUGUCGCUGCUUCAGCUCCCGCACUUGGCCACCUUGCAACUCUUUGGUUUCAACAACACCUCGGACCGUCCGGUCCCGGAGCAGCUCUGGAACAUGACUCAGCUCGAGUCCAUCGCCAGGAUGGCAAAGCUUCGGAGUUUGCUCCUCCACGGAAACCAGCUCUCCAGAGUGAUUCCAGCUCCAGCUUCGCCAGAGAUAAUCGACAUGUCCCUCCCUCCGUUGGCAACCUUUCCAAACUUUCCAUACUCUAUAAGCUGGACGGCUCCAUCCCGGCCACUCUCGGACAGCUUCAACGAUUGUCACGGGUGGACUUGUCCGAGAACCAGCUCACGGGUGGUAUUCCUGGCAGCCUCGCAAGCUGUGACUCCUUGCAGCUACUGGAUCUAUCCUCUAACCUCCUGAGUGGAGAGAUUCCGGCGUCCAUCGGU